UAUAAAUAUAGAACAGCUCUUUGGUGAUUCGUGUUAAGUUUUCACCAUGGAAACAUUUAGGAGGAUUGCCUUCUCAUUGGCAUUGUUUUCAACACUCAGUUUGGUGGGUGCAGAGGAUGCCGAUUGUUCUGAGGAACAAAGUUUCAGAAACAAGAAUGAAGCUCUCCACCUCAAGCUUGGGGCAAUUGCCUCUAUUUUGGUAGGGGGCACAAUAGGCGUAUGCUUGCCUAUCUGGGGGAAGACUAUUAGUGCUUUAAGGCCAGAUAAGGACAUCUUUCUUAUCAUCAAGUCUUUUGCAGCAGGUGUUAUUGUGGCAACGGGUUUUGUUCAUAUCCUUCCUGAUGCCUUUGAGAGUCUGGGUAAUCCUUGCUUGAAGGGAGAUGCUUGGGAAAAGUUCCCGUUUGCUGGGUUUACAGCUAUGAUGGGGUCUGUUGUCAGUCUUAUGGUAGAUGCCAUGGCCACUGGAUAUUAUCAACGAGACCACCUUAAGAAACAUCAAUCUACGGUUGGUGUACCACUCGCAGAUAUGUCUAGCUCACAAGUUGAGAACAUAGGGCAGGUGGAACUUCAGAGUCAUCUUCAUACGCAUGGCGGCACCCUUGCAUAUGAUUCAACCGCGGAAGGCUCUGCUUCAUCAUUGCUUCGCCACCGCGUUAUUUCUCAGGUAUUAGAGCUUGGAAUAGUGACCCACUCAGUGAUAAUUGGGAUAUCGUUAGGGGCAUCUGAGAAUCCAUCCACCAUACGCCCUCUAAUUGCAGCUUUGACAUUUCAUCAGUUUUUUGAAGGAAUGGGUCUUGGAGGAUGCAUAGUUCAGGCGAGGUUCAAGAGCAGAUCGACAGCGCUAAUGGCGUUCUUCUUUUCUAUAACUACACCGUUUGGAAUUGCAGUGGGGAUCGCAAUUUCAUCGACAUAUAAUGAAAAUAGUCCAACAGCUCUAAUUGUUGAGGGGAUGUUCAACUCGGUCUCUGCAGGAAUUCUGAUAUAUAUGGCAUUAGUGGAUCUUCUUGCAGCAGAUUUCCUUGGGCCACGAAUGCAGAGCAAAGUGGGGCUUCAACUGUGGUCUUAUGCUUCUCUUUUUUUAGGAAUCGGUGCCAUGUCUUUGAUGGCCAAAUGGGCUUAAUUUAGUUAAAUCAAGAUAUUAUGUUAUAAUAAACAGUAAUGUUGUCAUUAAUCCGUCACUUUUCACCAAAUCGGUGUGUCCAAACAAGCAAUAUCUGAUCAUCUGUUGGAUCAGAUUAGUUUCUAGCUAUUUUGUAUAAGGAUCCAAUGGCUGCUAUCUUAAUCGGUUUAAACCUCCUCUGCUUAAAGAUUAAGUCGUUUUUUUUCAAAUUUCAAUGCCAAAAAAAGUGAGUUUGAAACCGUGA